UCAACACUGCGUGGAUCUCGAUGACACCAUGGAUGCAUUUUUAAUGGAUCUUUCGUCACUCGUCAGUAUCUCAAAACUAUUCCUUACGAGACUGAAUUAUAGACAUACUCGUUUCUUGUUAUCUUCUAUCAUCGAAGAUCUUUCAAUUUUGGAUGAUUCAAAUCGAAAAGAAAUCGUGAUGAAAUAUACUACCAGAGGAAGAAUCGUUUCAGCUACUAUACUUUACUUAGGUUACGCAUCUGGGAUGAGCUUUAUUUUCAGAACUCUACCACUUCAUUACGUUCUAUCACAAAAUAUCGAUCGAAAUGAGACAUACAAUCUAAAAGUAACGAGUUAUUUCUUGUCAACUUAUUGCGUUUUCAACGAUCAAUCAGGAUUUUGGCGUGCUGCAAUCCUUCUUCUUCAAACUAUGCAGAUUUUUGUUAAUGCUACCUCUCACUGUGGAAAUGACGGCUUCUUUUUCGGUAUUGCAAUGCAUCUCUGCGGUCAGUUCGAAGUACUCAGAAUGAAUUUUGCCGAUUUGGAGAAUAAGAAGAAUCUUUCUUGUAAAAAAAUAGGCGUACUUGUACGUAGACACUGUCAUUUGAUUCGUCUUGCUGAUAACCUAGAAGAAGCAUUUAACAUGAUAAUAUUGAUACAGUUAUUGAUGAGUGCUUUACUUCUUUGCGUCGAGGGCUUUCAAAUGUUGGUCUCGCUCGAUGCUAACGACAUUAUUGCAACUACCAAGCAUGCUGUCUUAAUCGUCACAUUACUUGUUCAAAUAUUUAUCUAUUCUUACGCAGGUAAUAUGCUCGAAUCAAAGUCUGCCGAUUUAGUUCUCGGUGUUUACGAUUGUCCGUGGUAUACUUUCGACACGAGUGUCAUAAAAAAUCUAGCCUUCGUCAUUUUCUAUGGUAGAAUACCACGUCAAGUGACAGCUGGUAAAUUCGUUUCUAUGAACUUUUUCACUUUCAAAGAAAUUAUCAAAGCUUCAGGCUCUUAUAUUUCCGUAUUGAGACUCUUUUACUUUUUUCUUUUCUUUUAUUCUCCGCUAUCUUAUUACGAACGUCGUGUCAUCACGAGUGGACCUAAGAAAAUGUCGACGAACGAUGUCGUCUGGAAUACUGACGCCACGUAUGCUUUAGGAGUAUACAAAUACAUAACUUGGACAACCGGCAUAUGGCCGCUAGACAACGAAGGAAUAUUUUCAAUGAUUCGCUUUGGCAUCGCUUUCGCUUUGGAGUUCAGUGCACUAGUUUCCGUUCUGAUGGAAAUCCAGCUGAGUUGCGGCAACACCGAUGAGACUCUGGAUUUCUUUGGGGUGUCCGCGUCAUCGAUGAUCGGUCUAAUCAAACUAAUAUUCAUCAAGUUACAUCAAGAGGAUCUACGGAGGAUCAUCUUGUCAGCACUGAAGGACUGGUCCACGUUCGUCGACAGAUCUCCGACAAAGGAUAUAAUGUUGAAAUAUACACAUCACGGCAAAUUGGUAUGCCGUAUACAAGUAGGCCUUGGUCUGGUUAUCAUUACAGCGAUGAUAUUGGAUGCUCUGCCAGCUUCGGAGUCAUCUCUUUUGAACAAUGCUACAUCUAACGAUGAGAUUGUUAAACGAAUACCUCUUAAGACGAUGUGCCUCUUUGGCAACAUGUCAACGUCUACUUAUUGGACAGUUUUCAUUUUACAGGGAGUACAGCUGUUGGAUGCUGUAAUCCUCGAUUGUGGAAACGACGUUUUUUUCUUCGGAAUUGCCAUGCAUAUUUGCGGUCAGUUCGAUGCACUCAAGAUAUUUUGCGAAGAAUUUAAAGUGGAAGAUGAAGAGAAUCGUGUUCAGAAAAUCAAAGAAUUUGUUGAGAGACAUUCGCAUAUCUUGGAUCUCGUUCAUCGACUCGGGAAUAGUUUCAAUUAUAUUCUUUUGGUAAUUUUAAUGGGCAAUGGGUUGCACAUCUGUUCAGCAGGAAUACAAAUAAUUGUGUUAUCGAAACAAAGCGACCUAAUUCCUCUUAUCAAAGCAGUUCUUUUAUUCAACAUACUUCUCGGACAACUUUUUCUUUAUAGCUACGCUGGAGAUUAUCUGUCAUCGUUGUCUGAAAACAUUCACCAUGAGAUUUACAAUUGUCCUUGGUACGAAUUCUCACCGAAUAUUAUUCGAAAUUUAAAGUUCAUCAUUAUGAGAACGCACAUACCAUUUCGCCUUAAAGCAGGAAAGUUUUAUGCUAUGGAUAUGGAGAAUUUCAAGAAUAUCCUAAAAGCAUUUUUUUCAUAUUUUUCUCUUUUACGAAUAGUAUUCGACAAGUGACAGUACAUAUUUCGUUUGCAUCAUACGAAAUGAUGAUCAGUGUAAGUAAUAAAAAUAAUCCUAAUUAAGCUUAAUAACUUAUCGUCCAUUACAAUCCAU